AUGAAUCGGAAUAGAAAUAAUAAUCAAAACCCGCUUUUCAAUGUAAGAGAGAGGCUGUUUCAUGCAUUAUUUUUCAAGUUUGCUGUUGCAUAUGCAAGAACUUUUCCAAGGCCCGUACGAAGGUUUUUUGAAUUCCUGGUGCUAUUGAAAGCACUUGUUGCUUUCUUUGUUCUUGCUUACAUUCAUAUAGCAUUUUCAAGAACACCAACAACAUGUCUCAAUCAUGUAAAGGACUCUUGGCCUAGGGAUGGCAUACUCCGAGUGGAAAUAUUAAGAAAUCCAUCACAAGAUUACACUAUUGAACAGAGCUAUGCAAAGGAAAAAAAAUUGAAAAAAGAUAAGGAAGAAUUUAAUUCAAUGAUGGGGAUGUUGGCUACCGAAGGGUUCAUUAAUAUAGAGUCAUCAUCUAGCAAUAACAUACAGGAUGAAUAUUUAAGUGAUGGCCAUGAUUAUGGAAAUCUCUCAUAUUAUGAAGAACCAACUGAAGAUACAGCAGAUGACAAAGUAAUUGAAACAGUCUACUUAUUGAAGAGCAAGGAUGAUGCAGCAUCUCAUGACCAUGAACCUGACCUAAAUACUACAAUCUACCCUGGGGUAGAUGCAGAACCAUCUACAUCCAUAUGGGAGGGUAUUAUGAGCCUUGUAGAGGAUAUAGACGGAGAUUCAAAAUUGCUUGAUGAGUCCCUUGAUGAGGCAGCUACUAAUGAUUCCUCAAAAGAUGAAGAUUACAUACUCGAGUAUUCACUUGAGUAUGGAUUUUUACGACUGUCACCAAGUGCUCGUUUACGCCUCAAGAUUCCUGUUAAAAUCGUAACUUUGGACCCUCAGAAGGAUGAAUGCUUUGGAGAUACGUUUUCUCGUUUUGUUCUUGAUGAAUUUCUUGGCUACGACGAUCUGCUUAUGGCCUCUAUAAAGACCUUGGCCGAGCAAGAGGAUAAUAAAGGUUAUUUGAGGAACGUAAUCACUGGUGAGCAUUACCGUUUUGUCUCCAUGUUAACGGCGCGCAGUUCUUACAUAGCGGCGUUCUUCAUAAUGCUCGUUUUUACUGUUUCCAUUUCGAUGCUGCUUCGAUAUGCACACCAUCAGAUCUUCGUGUUUAUAGUGGAUUUACUACAAAUGCUCGAGUUCAACGUAACGGUGUCAUUUCCUGCUGCGCCACUGCUCACCGUUAUACUAGCUUUGGUCGGUAUGGAGGCGAUCAUGUCAGAGUUCUUCAACGACACCACCACCGCCUUCUACAUCAUCCUGAUCGUGUGGAUUGCCGAUCAGUAUGAUGCGAUCUGCUGCCAUACAGCCAUCGCCAAACGACAUUGGUUGAGAUUCUUCUACCUGUACCACUUCUCCUUCUACGCAUACCAUUACCGCUUUAACGGACAGUACAGUAGCUUGGCACUCGUAACAUCGUGGCUCUUUAUACAACAUUCUAUGUUGUACUUCUUCCAUCACUACGAAUUGCCUGUAAUACUACAGCAGGCGCAAUUGCAACAACUACUCUUGCGUACUCAUCACGGUAUGGGCGGUAUGAUGGGGUUAGCGGGCAUCGCAGCAUUAGCAAGUGGUGCUGCUUACCACGAUGCACCCGGGACAGCUACACAGGCCACUCCACCCACAACGCAAUCGACAACUCAAACAAUUCAAAAUACUGUUCAAUCUACCACUCAAACAUCACCGUCGGUUUCAACGGCACAAACUAAUACUAUAAACACAGACGAAGUUAUAUCUUCCAGCACGACUUCUACGGAAACUACCGCGAGUGGUACUAAUACAACUUCAACUAAUGAAAACUUGGAACGGGAUUUACCAUCCACUAAUCACAAUGAUGAACUUAGGAAUUCCGAAAAAAGCAACUCUGUAAAUCCGAGUGGCGAAAGUGGAAUUAAGAUCGAGGAAAUCACUAGAAAAAAAUCUGAUAGUGAUAUAGAACUCAUAAAAGGCAGCAACUCGGCUACAAACGAUCUUGAAAACACUAUGGAACUCUUUUCUGACGGAGCUAAUGAUCAAAAAAUUAGCGUCAGCGUGGCUAAAGUUGACACUUCAACUUUAGAUCGUAGACGAAAGCAAAACAUUAAUUUAUCGGACGACGAUCCGCCCCGUUCGAACGUCGACGGAAUGCCUACGACGAAACUAGCUCCUAGAGCUUCACCCGAGGCUGACGACUUAGAUUAG